CGCGGACCUGCUCACCGGUGGGAUGGGGUCGGUUGCAGGGACACCCAACGCUUCCCGGAUGUACAUGUCGCCGAUAUCCUGCAGCUUGUUCGACCAAUGGAGAUGGUGUCCGACGAACCUCCACGCCGGGCUGUAGUCGCUCUUCUCGAGUUCGUGCUGCUGCUCACUGUCAGCACGCGAUUGAGGCGAAACGAGAGCACUUGUUCGUCGGGAGGCAGAACAGCUCCGGUGCGCGGGGCGGGAGCAGGUGCCAGCAAGCUCUCGGAGCGCUUCUGAGGGAACGACAAAGCAGAGAGGGAGGAGAAUUUCAUGUGAUUCGAGUCAUCCUCAUAGAGUUGGAUCCAGCUGGGGGCCUGAGUGUACGACACAUCUAAUGGGCAUGAGUAGAUGCAAGAUAUCUGAGACAGGGGAAGUACCGAUGUUGAGUCGGACGGGCGUAUGCGUCCAAUGGGGCGUGUCGUGCUUCGAUGAAACCGCCUGCCACAGAUUCCAGCAUCCCAGUGUGUCAACUGUCUCGGUGCUACGAUUCUACAGCAGGAAGUCAGAGCCAACAAAGUACGUCACGAUGGCCGACGCACCUUGACCUCCCACCAUUCGAGCACAGGCUUCCUAAUCGCCUUGGAAAGCCUGGGAAUAUCAAAGACUUCGCCAAAGUCCAGUGUCUGUCCGCGCUCGAAGUUGUUCUGGGAGACAUGCAGUGGGACGAAGAAUGGGACAAUCGGUACUCGUUCUGUGAGGAGCGCAAGAUAGAUCAAGUUGAUAACUAGCAUGACGUCGUUUG